AUGCUGCCGCCGUCACCGUCGCGAACACGGCGCCGCGGUCCCGCGGUGGUAGGCGGCGCGCUGCUGCUGGCGUACGUUAGCUUCUACGCGUAUCACGUCGCGCCGCUCGCACUUGACGACGUGCACGCGCGACCCCGACUGGCCGCGGUGAACUUCGAGUUGCGGCAGCAAGUUGCCGAGCUGCCACCGCCGCCGCCGCUGCCGAUCCCGCCGAGCGAAGCUAUCGCAGAUGAUGUCGCCGCCAUAUUCGCCCAGGCAGCGUCGAGGAUAGCAUGCCCCGAGAACGGCCCGACAUUUGGCGAAGGCCGCGAGGCCGAGCGAGGGAAACCAGGGAAGGAGGUGCCUCCUACGAUUCGAUCCCCCGCGUUCAGACAGAGUCGCCUGGCCGGUGUUGUCGGCGUCGGCGAUGACGGCGGGGGAGAGCUCGGUGGCGGGCUUGGCGGAGGCGGCGAGGGCGGCGGCGAUGGCGGCGGCGGGCUCGGCGUCGGCGGCGAGGGUUGCGGCGAGGGCGGAGGCGGCGAGGGCGGUGCCGACGGAGGCGGAGGCGACGGAGGCGGUGGCGAGGGCGGCGGCGACGGUGGGGGCGGCGAGGGCGGCGGUGGCGAGGGCGGCGGCGACGGUGGGGGCGGCGAGGGCGGCGGAGGCGAGGGCGGCGGUGCGUUGUGGUGUGCGGGCGGCGAGGGCGGAGGCGGCGAGGGCGGUGGGGACGGCGGCGGCGGGGACGGCGGCGGCGGCGAGGGCGGCGGCGAGGGCGGCGGUGGAGAGGGCGGUGGCGACGGCGGCGGCGGCGAGGGCGGCGGCGAGGGCGGCGGCGGAGAGGGCGGUGGCGACGGCGGCGGCGGCGAGGGCGGCGGUGGCGAGGGCGGCGGCGACGGUGGGGGCGGCGAGGGCGGCGGCGGCGAGGGCGGCGGUGCGUUGUGGUGUGCGGGCGGAGAGGGCGGAGGCGGCGAGGGCGGGGGAGGGCUCGGUGGCGGGCUUGGCGGAGGCGGCGAGGGCGGCGGCGAGGGCGGCGGCGGAGAGGGCGGUGGCGACGGCGGCGGCGGCGAGGGCGGCGGUGGCGAGGGCGGCGGCGACGGUGGAGGCGGCGAGGGCGGCGGCGGCGAGGGCGGCGGUGCGUUGUGGUGUGCGGGCGGAGAGGGCGGAGGCGGCGAGGGCGGCGGGGACGGCGGCGGCGGCGAGGGCGGCGGAGAGGGCGGCGGCGGAGAGGGCGGUGGCGACGGCGGCGGCGGCGAGGGCGGGGGAGGGCUCGGUGGCGGGCUUGGCGGAGGCGGCGAGGGCGGCGGCGAGGGAGGCGGCGGGCUCGGGGGCGGCGGCGAGGGCGGAGGCGGUGAAGGCGAUGGUGAGAGCGGCGGGGGCGGCGACAUGGCUUCGGUGCACUCGGUGCAGUCAUAG